UGUAAUAAGUGAUGACAAUUGGGACACAAUUGACACAAACAGACAUCAGAUGACUAAAUGUAUUAUGAAGACAUGGAGAUUGUGGUAAAUGUGGUGUCAAAGUGAUGGCACUGUAUAUUGCAAUAUAUGAUUGCCGUUCAUGUGAUGUACCAGUUAUGUGAAGAUAGUGGUARACAAUGAAUGAAGCAAACAAUGGUCACCAGUCAUGUCAUCCGCCAUCACAUCGUUGCUCAUCACUUCCAUCUACUUCAACGUCGAGCAGAGACGCAUCGGGUCCGUCAUCUGCACCCACUUCACGGCCUAAGAUGGACGUCGUUUGUCUCAUUGAUUUGACAAUAGUUUCACCGACUCUUAGUCACCGAAAGGCUGCUUUUGAAGAGAUUAAACGAGCGGCACAUUUAUGUAAUGCAAACUUACAUUAUAUUCAGUUUCAGAAGUUGGACUUCGAGGAGAUAUCAGUUGUCGACACGUUUUAUAACGCAGAUGUAUCUGUUGUUGAUAUCUCUAUACAAGAACAACAAAACUCUUUGUUUUAUCGUUUAGGAAAUCGCGAGUCCUUUGGGAUGAAACAAAAUAUAUUGCUCUUCAAUGACAGCGUCGCCGAUGUGGUGAUACCAAUGAAACUUCCGUCGUCUAACUAUACAUGCAUUACAUACCGAUUGUCCGACGAUAAGCAUUGCUAUGUUACUGAACCAUCAGUUGCCAGACUUGUGGCCAAUUCGGACGAUCCGAAUAUUCAAAGUCCACUUUCAUCGGAAACUAAAACACCACUUCAUAUUAAACUUAAAAAGUUAUUACUUGAAGUCGAAGUACAGACUAAGACACAUAUGAAGGAAAAGUUUUUAGCGGAUUUACGCAAAGCUCGGGAAACAUUAAGCGGUGAAGAUUUAGCCACAACAUUGAAAAAUAUGAGAAAACGUAUGGAACAUGACUUAGACCCGAAUCUGGUCUCAGCCGAUAUCGUCCAUAAUAUGUUGAUAUCAUUUCGUGAAAUCCAAGACUACGAUGCAAUGGUUCAGAUGAUCGAUGAUUUGGAAUCACUACCAAAUUCUUCUUUUACUUAUACGCCACUCAUUAGGCAUUUGUAUGCUUUUGCAUUGAAUCGACGCAAAAGACCCGGCGAUCGUGAGAAAGCACUUCAUGUGGUAACGACUGCCCUUCAAAAAGAAGAGAACAACUUUCCAGAUAUGAUCUGUUUAGCCGGUCGUAUAUAUAAAGAUAUAUUUGUUGAGUCAGAAUAUACUGAUGAAGAAAGUCUUAAUAAUGCUAUCAAUUGGUAUCGAAAGGGAUUUGAAGUGCAACCAAAUGAAUACGCGGGCAUUAAUUUGGCCACACUUUUAGUUAUAAAAGGUAAUGAUUUUCCUAAAUGUUCAGAACUACAACACAUUGCAUCGGUUCUGAAUAUCUUAAUUGGGAGAAAAGGUAACUUAGCAUCGAUUCAGGAUUACUGGGAUGUGGCGACCUUUUUUGAGAUUAGUGUUUUGGCCGGUAAUUACUCAAAGGCUGUUCAAGCGGCCGAAUGUAUGUUUAACUUAAAGCCUCCCAAAUGGUACCUUAAGUCCACUGUCGGUAAUAUACGAUUGAUUAAUCAAUUCAAACGCAAACCAGAAGAUGCAAUUUUGACACCUGAAGAACAAAUAUUUCAGUUUUGGAUGGAGUACUUCAUUGAUGCCAUCAGUGAUGAAACAGUGAAUGUGAUCCGUUUCCCACUAUUAGUUCUUGAAACCGAUAAAAUUUUAAUGCCAUCAUAUGUGACGGUCAAUAUGAACGGUGCUGAUGGCAAAUCUCUGCAAAUUUCCAAUAUCUGUAUAUAUUGUUUGCGAGACAAAGAAAAUUGUAAGCGACCGCACAGUUGGCUUUUUACUGUCUCUACUAUAAGGGGUGUCAGUUUAUAUAAAGCGGAUCAAAGAUGUCUAUUUCUUUAUGUUCAUCACAAUUGCGAUGACUUUCAGAUGUUCUUUCCAUCGGAACAGUUGCGCAAAACAUUUUAUGAUCUCAUUAUUGAAAUGACAGCUGAUGAAGAAGGAGUUACUGAUUUGGACUCAAUUGUCGACACCGGACCCAUUCAAUUUGAAUACGAAUUGGAUGAACAAAAUCGUCGCACAAGAUUAGGAAAAGGCACUUAUGGUGUUGUUUUUGCCGCAAGAGAUCUCAGAACUCAAGUGACAAUUGCUGUUAAAGAAAUUCCCAUAAAGAAUAUCGGAGAAGUACAACCACUUCAUGAAGAGAUUAAACUUCAUUCACAAUUACGCCAUAAAAAUAUUGUUAACUAUUUAGGUUCWGUUUGUGAAGACAAUACUUUUAAAAUAUUGAUGGAAAGGGUUCCGGGAGGUAGUCUUUCACAGCUAUUACGGUCCAAAUGGGGUCCACUUAAAGGCAGCGAACCGACUAUUUCUUUCUAUACGCGACAGAUACUCGAAGGUCUUAAGUAUUUACACGACCAGAAGAUAGUGCACAGAGAUAUUAAAGGAGAUAAUGUUUUAGUUAAUACAUACACUGGAAUACUUAAGAUAUCAGAUUUCGGAACAUCUAAACGAUUGGCUGGUAUUAAUCCGCACACCGAAACAUUCACCGGUACUUUUCAAUACAUGGCACCUGAAGUAAUAGAUCAGGGACAGAGAGGUUAUGGUGCACCUGCAGAUAUAUGGUCAUUGGGAUGUACUAUUGUUGAGAUGGCAACUGGAAAGACUCCGUUUAUCGAGUUGGGGUCGGGACAAGAAAUUAUCUUUAAAGUUGGUUUCUAUAAAGAGCACCCACAGAUACCACCGUCAAUGUCAGAAAAGGCUCAAAACUUUAUUCUUCGUUGUUUUAUUCCCGAUCCAAUACAACGGGCCACUGCCGGACAAUUACUUGAAGAUACUUUUCUUGAUACCGGUCCUCAAAGAAAGAAAAAAACCACUCCAUCACCACUUACUAUAAGUCCUACUCGAAGUCUCAAUGAUUUCAAUCGCUCGAUAUCAGUACCGACUGACCCCCAAUGCAAACCCGACCGACUUGAGACCAGAGUUAAUAGAUUUUCUAGUACUGGUGAUGACGGUGCUCCCAAUUUGCAUCUAAAUAUAUCUCGACGGUGUGCCAGUCCUUUCGAUUCAGGCCCGCACUCACCUGCUAUGUACUCUCAGAGCUCUGAAGAUGCUCCUUAUGCUCGCCGCUCAAGUAGUAUAUUAUUGUCGCCACCCGUUGAAGGAACGAUGGGAACCAUUGGUGAGUCAGAACAGGAGGGGUUUUUCUUACUUAAGAAAGAUUCGCAAAGAAGGGCCACUUUAGUCCAAGUGAUUACUGACGACUCACUGGCCAUUUGUGAGCUUUGGUUUCAUUUAUUGCGGCAAUCAAUUCAAGACUUGGUGUUAACACAAAGCCAUUUGCAACAUAUACUGCUUCCCGGACUCAGGGAUUUCAUACCUCAGAACAAACGUCAAUAUAUUCAGGACGCGAUCGCUGCACUCAAAGAAGAGCUUGACUUUGAUGGCGCCGCCAUAAAUCAAAUACAAUUAGCACUUCUUACUUUUCAAGAAGCUGUUAAUCAAGUACUUCGUAACCACAGUAUUAAACCUCACUGGAUGUUUGCAUUGGACAGUCUUAUUAGAUCCGCAGUUCAGGCGGCCAUUACUAUACUAUCGCCAGAACUCGGAGAAAAUAUUGCCGGAGGAGAACCUCAUGACGAACCUGAAGCUGUUGUUGAUAUGGAACCCGACAGGGAAUCAACUUCUGGCGUCUCAACUAUUAAUUCUACUAAAUCUGUUGUUUUAAGACCUAUUGUCAAUAUGACGCUCUCAGACGAUCAGAUGAUACAACAGUUACAGCAAAAGAGUGAACAACUGAGAGGUGAAAAUCUUCGACUAUUUCAGGUUUUAAUUGAAACACAAGAAACACUACAAGAGAUGAUUAAAAGCACUAUUACUGAAACAAAAAUGCAAAUAAAUUUGGUUCAAAAAGAACAACAACAACAACAACAACAUAAACAACAAAUGRAUUUAAGUCCAAUGUUUAGUAACAGUUCCACAAUAGAUGCCAAUCAAAGUUUGUCUAAUAGUUCUAAAAUUAGAAGACAAGAUAGCGAACUAAUUAACUUUUUGGUCAAUUUGGGAGUCGAUGAUGAAUCCAUUGCCAAAUUUGUAAAUGAAGAUUAUUAUAAUUUAAAAGAAGUUUUGUCAUUAAUGACUCGCCAAGAUUUGAGACGUCUUAACCUUAAAGGAGGCGUCGAAUUAAGGAUAUGGAGAGCUAUUGAAGAACACAGGACUCAGAAGACUUCACAAUUGGAAGUCAUAGAAGAAGAUUAGU